CUACACAAGAAUGUGAAAGGGUGAAUCAAAACAAACACUUCUCUCCUUUCUAUCUAUCUUUCCUCACUUAGUCUGUUGUCUUCCCCACAAUACUUAAAGGGAGAGAUAACAAUGGCUUCUGAGAAGGUUGAGACGGUGGUUGCUGGGAAUUACUUAGAAAUGGAGAGGGAAGAGGAGGGUUCUAAGUCUACUACUGGCAAAUUAUCUAGGCUCUUUUGGCAUGGUGGUUCUGUGUAUGAUGCAUGGUUUAGCUGUGCUUCUAAUCAGGUUGCACAAGUGCUACUGACACUGCCAUAUUCCUUUUCACAACUGGGGAUGUUAUCUGGGAUCAUAUUUCAGCUUUUUUACGGACUUAUGGGAAGCUGGACUGCUUACCUUAUCAGUGUCCUUUAUGUUGAGUACAGAACCAGAAAGGAGAGAGAAAAAGUUGAUUUCAGAAACCAUGUUAUUCAGUGGUUUGAAGUGCUUGAUGGACUUUUGGGCAAACACUGGAGGAAUCUUGGUCUCUUUUUCAACUGUACUUUCCUUCUGUUUGGAUCAGUAAUUCAACUAAUUGCUUGUGCAAGUAACAUAUACUACAUAAAUGACAAUCUGGACAAGAGAACUUGGACUUACAUCUUUGGCGCAUGCUGUGCAACAACAGUCUUCAUCCCUUCUUUCCACAAUUACAGAAUCUGGUCAUUCUCGGGCCUCAUUAUGACCACAUACACUGCAUGGUAUAUGACCAUAGCUUCCCUUGUUCACGGACAGGUUGAGGGAGUGAAGCACUCAGGCCCAACCAAAUUGGUUCUCUAUUUCGCUGGGGCUACCAACAUUCUCUACACUUUUGGUGGACAUGCUGUUACAGUGGAAAUUAUGCAUGCAAUGUGGAAGCCACAGAAGUUUAAGAUGAUAUAUCUGAUCGCAACCCUAUAUGUGCUGACACUAACUUUGCCAUCAGCAUCUGCAGUCUAUUGGGCAUUUGGAGAUAUGCUUCUCACCCAUUCAAAUGCUCUCUCAUUGCUCCCAAGGACAGGCUUCAGAGAUACCGCUGUUGUUCUCAUGCUCAUUCACCAGUUCAUAACUUUUGGGUUUGCUUGCACUCCUUUAUACUUCGUGUGGGAGAAAUUCAUUGGAGUGCAUGAAACCAAGAGUUUGUUCAAAAGGGCGUUGGCUAGACUUCCUGUUGUGAUUCCAAUAUGGUUCCUGGCAAUCAUAUUCCCUUUCUUUGGUCCCAUUAACUCAACUGUUGGAUCUCUCCUAGUCAGCUUCACUGUUUACAUAAUUCCUGCAAUGGCACACAUGGUCACCUUUGCUUCAGCACCUGCUAGGGAGAAUGCUGUGGAAAGACCACCAUCAAGGUUAGGAGGUUGGGUAGGAUUGUACUCCAUGAACGUGUUUGUGGUGGUGUGGGUUUUGGUGGUAGGAUUUGGGUUGGGAGGAUGGGCAAGCAUGAUUAAUUUCAUACACCAAAUUGACACAUUUGGGCUAUUUGCAAAGUGCUAUCAGUGUCCCCCUCACAAGGCAUAAGUACGUAUAAGUAGCUCCUCUAGUUUCUUAUUGUGAUACUUUGAGAUCAUACAUGCGCGUGUAAAGAGAUUGGCUUUUAAUUAUUUGUACCUUUUUCUUUUUCUUCCAUUUAUCCCCUUUUAUUUUUUUUCUGUAAGAAGCCAAGUCUUUCGAUUGUGUCAGCUAAAGGUGCGAUGGCACAUCAAUGCCACCCCCUAUACGAACUUACAGUUAGAAUUUCGUGUGCUGAUUAAUCAUUUCUUGUUGUGCAACUACCUUGCCAUAUGCUACAGUACUAAUUGCUUUGUGUUAUCCCUCA